UCUGAAAUAAAUAUAAAAUUUUAUAAAGGUCAUCCAUGGCAUGGCUGAGUCUAAUAAUUAUGCUAAGUAAUAGGUUGCUAAGCCAGAUUCUGAGGUGCUAAAGCUUCACAGGUGGCAUUUAUAAUAAUCAUAAUACAGAGGGCUAUAUCAACUUUGGCUCACAUAGGGAUCCUUUCUUCACAUGUGAUUAGUGUCCUUUUUUUUUUUGGUAAAUGAUUAGUGUCCUUCCACACUUCCUAGAAGUUAUAAGAGGCUUCUCUAGGCUCCCACUCCCACCAAGUGUUUCAGGUGAGCAGGUUCUGUUCUAGUCUAUUCAGUCAGCAUGGGAAGGAAACCAUGUUGCUCUGGAGAAGAUCUCAAUAGAGGAGCUUGGACAGCAGAGGAGGACAGGAUCCUUAAAUCCUACAUCAAAGACCAUGGAGAAGGGAGAUGGAGAAGCCUUCCCAAGAAAGCAGGCCUCAAGCGCUGUGGAAAGAGCUGCCGGCUCCGAUGGCUGAAUUACCUCAGGCCUGACAUCAAGAGAGGGAACAUAACAGAUGAAGAGGAGGAUCUCAUUAUUAGGCUCCACAACCUCUUAGGAAACAGCAAUUUCUCUUGCAGGUGGUCAUUGAUUGCAGGGAGACUACCAGGGCGAACAGACAAUGAAAUAAAGAACUAUUGGAAUACUUGUCUGAGGAAGAAGGUCCAAGGCCAGCAUCAGCUGAAAAGGUGCGAGGCUUCAAUCAAUGAGGCACCCCAGAACUACUUGGUUCGAACAAAGGCUAUUCGUUGUUCUAAGAGGUUCAUCACACCCCAGCAACACAUCACUCAAAAGCAAGAGAGAAAUGCAGCUAUCGAGCCGGCCAUGAUCGGAGAGCUGGCUACCGAGCACUCCUCUGUCACUCCUAAAGAAGACACUUGGUGGGAUGUGUUGCAGGGGCUGGAUACAAGCAAAGCAUCCCCAUCAGAAGCUGCGGACUUCGAUUCCAUGCAACUAUGUGGGAGUGAAUCGCCAUGCAACCACCAUACUAGAAGAGAGGACUACCUUAAGGGGGUGUUUGAAGAGAUGAGUGAUGCAGCGCUACCAGAUGUUGAACUGGAGCUCAAAUCACUGGCCAAUUUCCUUGGCUGUGAAGAGGGAUGGCUUGCAGGAGAGAUCUAGGAUGAGAACCAAAUGAGCUUUGGAUGGAUGGAUGAACAGAGCUGUACUCCAAGUGACAUCAAAUAAUGGCAUGCACAGCUCUCUCUUGUCGUGCCCCAAAUAAGUUUGCCAUGGUCAAUCUGGGUAGGAAAGAAGGGACUACUUACUUUCAUGGUGUAAUCCAUCACUUUUGUACCAAUAAAUGAGUAUAUUCAAUGAAUCACUCCAUGACAGUACAGGGGUCAUCUCAGAGAUGUGAUAUGUCUUCUGUAGGGAUCUUAUGACUUUUCAAGGGAAAAAAGAAUGAUGAAUUAUGAUUGGAGA